UAUGUGCGGAAGUAGAUGGGGAAUUAACAUGUAACAUUUUAAUUACAUUCUGCUGAUGUGAACGAAAUGACUCGUAAAAAAGAUUCGUUCAUUUUGCUGAACGGAAUUCAAAGAACCGAAUCAGUAAAAUGAUCCGAACUUCCCAUCGCUACUUCCAAACACAGGUAAGGCGGGCGGUUGCCAUAGCUGCCUUUUACAACACAGACAUCGGGAAAAUGGAGUACGGCACGGCAGCUCUGACACGGUUUAAAGUCUACGAAGAUUAUCUCGACUCCAAAGUGACGCCAAUGGAUUUAUUUUACUUAAAAAGCAGGGAGUUUGCCCGUAAGCUGGUGGAGCACGGCCACAAGGGCAUGGUCCUGAGCAGGGAGGAAUUUGAGGAGAAGAAAGCAGCUGCACAGGCUGCUGAGGCUGCAGAGAGCAGUGUUUUCUACAGCAGGAGCCGACGAGUGACACUGGCAAGUGCAGGAAAAGAACUCAAAGAUAACUUCCUGAAAGCCCUGGCAGAGCGUGAGGAGGCCAACCGCAGCGGGAAAAUGACUUCGGUCAUUUUCAUAAGGGAUCAUAAUACACUUGGACAGGAAGUAUCUGGCUAUAUAGACUACGCCCACAGACUCAAGACCCAAGAUUUUGAACCUUAUUUCAAUGGAAAGAAGAGGCUCAUGCCAGGACGCUCAGAUUUAUGUUACUGCAACUGGAAGACACAGGUGUCCAUGUCCACAUCCAGCCCUAACUUUGAGGUGAUUUAUGAUGACCCUAAUGGCCUUCUCUUUAAGAACAAGAGGGACAAGAAGAUUCUGAACGUGGACCCCUUGUCUGGUCCUGGUGAGGACUCCAGCAGGACGUGCCUGCAGUCAGACCUCUACAUCCAUGUCGUCAUCUAUGACCACAACAUCAGGACAGUCUGAGCUUCAGAGGCUGCUGCCGACACGAGCACGGAGAGCUCUGGAAGCCUCUAAUUUGACUGAGUCGAUGAAGUUAAACCAUUUACAAACUGUUCCCCUCAUAUCAUGCAUGGGUGGAGGUGCUCCAGUGGAAAGAUGGCACUACACUGAGGAUUCCCAGAGGAAGAGCUGGACGGACUAGUGCCACAACUUGGACUUUUUGUAGAUGUUACUUUAGAUUUGUGACAUUAUCCUCCUGUGAAGUUACAAAACAGCUUUAUUGUAAAUUUGUUUUUUAUCUUAAAGUCUUCUUUAUUCCCUCUACUGAGGACCGAGGCCCACUUGGCUCAGUGUGUUUGGCAUUGCCAGACCUUCAGCCUUAGUCAAGGGGAUGUAACCUGCUCAGGGACCCUGGGCUCAUCCCAUCGUCUGACCUGGCAUGUUUUGAGCUGUUUGUCUAAACAAACUAAAGGCAUAACAAGUUUGAAAGAUGGUGGGGGUUGCGUUCAUGUCCUCCCCCAGGCUGCGGUAGCUCCAACUGGACCGCAAGAAAUGGUAAUGGGCUUAAAGCUUUCCGCAUGUUCCCAGAUGCAAGGCACACUUUACAGGACAUCAAAGUGCUCUAUCAUUUACAUAUUAGUCAUUCACUGUGGCAUUUUUAAUGGAAGACAACUCUACAAAUCACCUUCUACAGAAGAUGUUUAGCAGCUUCUUCCCUUUUGAUUUCUGGAUUUAUAUGCUUUCCAUUUGUUCUUGAAACAUAUGGUCGAAAUCAGUCCCACCACAGGUAACAUUAUCUAUGUCUAUAAGGUAACAAAUUACAGACUCUUGUUAUUUGUUUGAAAAUUUGUUUUCUGUGGACUCUGCAGACACAGAGUUCAGGGUGAAAAGACUUUUUCCAUUUAGUCACAAAGCAACAUCCUGCACAUGUACCAGCUCUGUGGAGGCCGUUCUGUCCAAACCUAAGUAGAGCUGAUAGAUAGAUAGAUAGAUAGAUAGAUAACUUUAUUAAACUGUUGCAAAUAUUCACAUAAAUCACAAAAAAUGAGAUGAUAAGAAGCAAUACAAUUAAAGGCCAAAUUAUAUACAAAAGCUUAAUCAACUAAAUAAAGUAUACAAAUAUAAACAGACAAAAAUAAAAAAGAGACUAAAGACAGAUGUGUGACUAGACUGUUUGCUGAAUAUACACUGUACAAAAAUAGUACCUGUUCAUUAAACUGCAAGAUUGUACAUGGAGGCUUAACUUUCAGUGAAUAUAUGAAUUGUUGUACGAUGUAUAUGCACAAGGUAAAAGUAAUGCAGUGCACUUUCCCCAGUUUUAAUUGCUCCUCAAAACACUUAAGUGAAAAUGAAAAUUCAGCAAUAGUUUCACAUUCAACAUCUCCCACAUGAAUGUACAGCUAAAAAUAUUUUUUUAUCUUUUUGUUCAAUGAAGUUCAAUUCCAUGUUAUUUCUAUGGCACCAAAUCACAACAAAAAUCAUCCCAGGACACGGUACACUGUAAAGUCUAGACCUACAGUAUUAUGGAAGAAAACCCAACAACCCUCCCAAGCAGCACUUGGUGACAGUGCUGCUUUAACGGAGGAGCCCUCCGACAGGUGGGCGGCCUUCUGUCUUGACCGGUUGGGCUGAGUAGAUAGAGGUGCUAUCACUUACAAACUGGCAUCAAAAACAACUAAAUCAUAUUUCACUUGGGGAAUAAAGUUUGGCAAGAACUCACAUCUAUCACGACUCUGUUAUAAUUAUAAAAAUAUAACCAGCUGGCACCCCAAUAGCCGAGUGGUUUCCAUCUGUGGUUCAAGUCCAGCAGAGGAUGAUUGUCACAGGUCUCCUCCUCUCCCUCCCUGCUUCCUGUACGCCUCUCUGUGACCAACUUUAGUGAAAUAAAAGCAAAAAUACAACCAGGAGUUAGUUAGCUGAGCCUAGCAUAAAGACUGGAAAUGUAAGGAAACAGCUUGCAUCUCCAAAGGCAAGCUGUUUCUACCUACUAGCUCUUCUAAGGCUCACUAAUUAACUCUUUUUGUUUGUUUAAUGUGCACAAAAACCAAAGUUGGGGUUUUACAAUGGGUUGUGAUGGCCUAUUUAUUGGCCCGGGAGCAUGGAGACUUCCUGGAUUCUCUAUAAUCACUGUAUUUUUAAUUUACCUUGCACAAAGCGGUGCUGGCUGUUUCCAUUAGCUCCCAUUCUUCACAGUAAGCUAAAUUCAUGUAGCUUAAUAUCUAAUCCACAGGUAUAAGAGUGGCACUGUUUUUUUUUCAUGUAACUCUUGGCUAAAACACAAAUUUCCUAAAAUGAUCUAUCCCUUUUAACUGACAGUGGCAGUCAUACUUAAUGAGCCCUUGUAUUUAUUUUCCCUGCAUCCACUCUGCCGAAAAUUCUUUCUGAAAGUAAUGAGGUUUAAACAGAUUAGCUCAUUCAGUCACAAACCUCUGUCUCUCGGCCACCCUGAUACCAGAGCAGCCUUCCUCUGGCUGCAUGUGUGUGUCUGUUCUCGCUGGAUCGGGCCCUGGCGGCCUCAUGGAAACACGUUGACAUGGGCAUGUGGGUUCUGGUUCUGUAAAAGUGGGAGUUUGGGAAAUGGGGUUUCUGGUUUCUGGCUUUUUUAGUCAGUGGAUUUCUGGGUUUAUGUUGGGGUGAUGGUGAUGAGGUCUGUGAAAAGUCUGAAGGAGUAAUUAACCAACAUGACUGACUGGGUGAACAGGUGUCAGAUGAAUUGUAAUUUAACUUUUGCAUUUCUUUC